AUGAACAACCGCGUACUCACUGAGUGGUUGGGAAAGCUCAAAGAUGUUUGCUACGAUAUUGAUGAUGAGCUCGAUGACUUUGCAUUCAAACAGUUGCGGAUGCAAGUGCUUAUCCGUGGAAGCGUGGCCGGAAAGAUUAGAGCAAGAUUGAAUGAAAUUGCAGCUGCCAAAGAUCAGUUUCAUCUUAAAGAAAGAGCCGGAGAGUGGCAUGGUCUGCACAUGAACAGGGAGACCUAUUCUUUUGUGCAAUUGUCGGAUGUUAUUGGGAGAGAUAAUGAUAAAGAACAUAUUAUCAUUCAUCUCUUGAAGGACACUGACCAUGCAGAUCAAAAUGUUUCUGUUAUUUCUAUUGCUGGAUUAGGAGGUCUGGGAAAGACUACACUCGCUAAAUUGGUGUAUAAUGAUUCCGCGGUGGUGAGAAACUUUGACUUGAGGAUGUGGGUGUGUGUUUCUUAUGAUUUUGAUAAUAAGUCAUUGGAGCCGAUGGGGAUAUCAAUUACGAAGUGGAUUGAAUUGAAAGCUUUACUAAAUAUUGGUGCUCGGGGUAGUAAAAUCAUUGUAACAACACGCAAUAUGUCCGUUGUUUCGCUUUUGGGAUCCGUGGAUUACCAGCACCCUUUAGAAGGUCUUUCUCACGAGGAUUGUAUGUCUUUGUUUGUAGAAAGGGCAUUUAGGAAAGAAGAAGAAAAAAACUUUCCUCACUUGAUGGAAGUUGCAAACAAUAUUGUGAAGAAGUGUGGAGGGGUUCCUCUGGCUGUGACCAUUCUAGGGGGCAUGCUCUAUUUGAAAAAGGGAACUACGGAUUAUGAAUUUGACAGCGUCGAGAUCAUCACAAUGUGGAUGGCACAAGGCUUCCUUCACUCCUCUACCAGAAAUGAACAAGAUUUUGAAGAGAUUGGCCUAGAUUACAUGAGGCAGCUAUGUUCUAGAUCUUUCUUUCACAUUGAAGAAGAUGAUUUCUUUUGUAUGAGGUUUAAGAUGCAUGAUUUAAUUCAUGAUUUAGCCAUCUUGGUGGCACAGGUAGAGUACUUAUCUGUCAAUUUUCAUCAAUCUGGUUCUUUUGAUAGGGUCCGGCACCUGUCAAUAUAUACAAAGGACUUGUCUGACAAUGAGGAAGUCCCUGAUUUCAUACUCCAGUUAGGCAAGGUGAGAACCAUUCUCAUCCCAGAAGAGAAGGUUGGCAUCACUGGUCGAUCUUUCAUAAAAAAAUGCAUUUCCAGAUUCAAAUAUUUGCGGUUGCUAAAUCUGCGUAGCUCAACUUUCGACGAGUUGCCAAGUUCCAUUGGUAACUUGAGUCACUUGAGAUAUGUGGACCUAUCAUACAAUUGCCACAUAAAAAGGGUUCCUGAUUGCAUUUGCAAGCUGCAGCAUCUACAAACCUUAUUGCUUUCACAUUGUGAGGAGCUUGAGAAGUUUCCCAAGGACAUAGGGAACCUGAUUAGCCUCAGGUACUUGGCACUAACUACAAAGAAAACUUGUUUGCCAACAGGAAUCGAUCGUCUCACUUCUCUUCGCAUUUUACAUGUUGUUGCAUGCCGAAACCUUCUUUCUUUGGAAGGGUUGCCCCGCCUCACUCACCUCAAAAUGUUCAUUAUUGAGGAAUGUCCAGUUCUGAGGUCUUUGCCGCAUAACAUGAAAUAUUCAACUGCAUUAGAGACUUUAAUCAUCUCUGACUGUGAGAAACUUGAUCUGUUGAGUCUUGAAGAAUGCGUUCGAGGUCUAAGAUCAUUCUGGAUCUUGAAAUCAAAGUUGAAGAACUUUCCCCUUUGGCUUAAAGAGUGUGCAAGUACUCUACAAAACAUAUGUAUUGCAAACUGUCAGAAUCUCAUUGCACUUCCGGAGUGGCUGCAAAGCUUCAAGUUGCUUGAAAAGCUAGUGAUUGAAAACUGCCCCCAAGUGCCAGCUUUGCCAGAGGGGAUGCAUUGCCUCACAACAUUGAGAGAAUUGAAGAUCAGUGGGUGUCCUCGAUUGAUGGAAAGAUGCAACAGGCACGGAGGUAUAGAUUGGUUCAAAAUUGCUCAUGUCACAAAGAUAAUGAUUGGAGGUGUCAACAACAACACCUUCGGUGGAUUGUAG